CCGGAUGCGUCUGCGCUAAACACACUGGCCCUGAGAGAUUUGGAGACCUGGCGGUGUCGGAGGAGGGGCUGGAGAGGUAGCGGGGUUUGGGGUAAGGGGAGGAGGUGAGCGCUGGGAAUAAAUUAGCAGAGACCGGGAGAAUCAUCAUCAUCAUCAUCGAGGAGAGCAGAAAUGUCCCGAAAGCUGCGGCCCAACGAAGUGUGCGCCGACUGCAGCGCGUCAGAUCCUGGUUGGGCAUCCAUUAACCGUGGAGUUCUAGUUUGCGAUGAAUGUUGCAGUGUUCAUCGAAGCCUUGGCCGACAUAUUUCGAUGGUGAAACAUCUCCGGCACAGCUCAUGGUCUCCAACUCUCUUACAUAUGGUGCAGACCUUAGCAAGUAACGGAGCCAACUCCAUUUGGGAACACUCAUUACUUGAUCCAGCCCAAGUGCAAAGUGGACGACGUAAACCAAACCCUCAGGAUAAAGUACACCCUACCAAGGCAGAAUUCAUACGAGCCAAAUAUCAGAUGUUGGCAUUUGUCCACAAACUGCCUUGUCGUGAUGAUGAUGGUGUUACCACAAAGGACUUGAGUAAGCAACUGCACUCCAGUGUGCGCACAGGGAAUCUGGAGACAUGUCUUCGGCUGUUGUCUCUGGGAGCACAGGCCAACUUCUUUCACCCGGAAAAAGGUACCACACCCUUGCACGUGGCUGCUAAAGCAGGACAAGUACACCAGGCUGAACUUUUAGUUGUCUAUGGUGCGGAUCCUGGAGCACCUGACGUUAAUGGUAGAACUCCCAUUGAUUAUGCCAGGCAAGCAAAUCACCAUGAUCUGGCUGACAGGCUGGUGGAGUGUCAGUAUGAACUUACAGAUAGAUUGGCAUAUUACCUUUGUGGACGGAGGCCUGAUCACAAAAAUGGGCAUUACGUCAUUCCCCAGAUGGCUGACAGAACACGGCAAAAAUGCAUGACUCAGAGUAGUUUGGACUUGUCAGAACUGGCUAAGGCUGCCAAAAAGAAACUCCAAGCACUGAAUAAUCGCCUUUUUGAAGAACUUGCAAUGGAUGUUUACGAUGAAGUUGACCGACGUGAGAAUGAUGCAGUGUGGCUGGCCACUCAGAAUCAUAGCACAUUAGUGACUGAGCGUAGUGCUGUUCCUUUUCUUCCAGUGAAUCCAGAAUAUUCUGCAACCAGGAACCAGGGUCGACAAAAACUUGCUAGGUUUAAUGCCCGUGAGUUUGCAACCCUGAUUAUUGACAUUCUGAGCGAUGCAAAGAGGAGGCAACACGGAAAAACAUUAGGCAGUCCAAUAGAAAAUAUUGACUAUCUUCUGCGGAAUCAAAAUGAUCGCCCUGACAGCGAUUUUGGUGAUGAUCAGCAUGAUUAUGAUAGUGUAGCUUCUGAUGAGGAUACAGACGCUGAGUUACACCGAAACGCAUCAUCAGGCAGAAACAACCGAGCAAAGAGCAUGGAUUCGUCUGAUUUAUCAGAUGGCCCCAUAACACUGCAGGAGUAUUUGGAGGUGAAGAAAGCUUUGGCUGCUUCGGAGGCCAAGGUUCAGCAGCUAAUGAAAGUAAACAACAAUCUAAGUGAGGAACUGCGCAGACUUCAAAUGCAGAUUAACAAACUGCAGACAGAAAAUGCACAAAUGAAACAACAAACACCUAGUUUGCAUCCGUCACCAACUACCAGUGACCGGCAGGACCUUGGUCCCCAUGCAAGCACAAGUAGACGUGAUCGGCAAGCCGUAUCCAUGUAUGAAACCAGAUCUGGACAGAAAUCCUUUGGCCAAACUACUGAUGACAUUGCUACAAGACUUCAGUCUUUGGAUUGCAAUAUUCGCAGGGGUGUCUCCGUGACCUCUGUACCCUUUCCCUUCUCUCCGCUGCAUUCCUGUUCUCAGGACUGCGGCAGAUCCGUGGUUAAGUACCAUCUCAGUUGGGCUCAAGUAUCCAAACUGGACAAACGUGGCAGUGGAACAGACAGUGACUAUGACAAUACCCAGACAAGUGAGCUGCCACUGGGAAUUGCUGAUGGGAAGAUGGGAAGGGAUGAUGACUUCCACCUAGAAUAUGAUGAACACGAGGGAGAAUUAGAUCCAAGCCUCCCCAGUACAGAGGAUGUAAUCCUUAAAACAGAGCAGGUCACGAAAAACAUCCAGGAGCUUCUGCGAGCUGCCCAGGAGUGUAAACAUGAAAGUUUUGUACCAUGUUCAGAAAAGAUCCACUCUGCAGUCACUGAAAUGGCUUCUCUCUUUCCAAAGCAGAAGCCUGCCCUGGAUACAGUCCGAUGCUCUUUGAGACUGCUAAAUGCGAGUGCCUUCCGAUUGCAAUGUGAGUGCAGGAAAACAAUUCCACCAGAGCCGGGUGCACCAGUUGACAUCCAGUUGCUCACGCAGCAAGUCAUCCAGUGUGCCUAUGAUAUUGCUAAGGCAGCCAAGCAACUGGUUACCAUAACAACCCGUGAGAAAAAACAAUGAUAAAACACUUUGUUCACAUUCCGUUUUUGGAGUACAUUUGGGAGAUUAAAAACAAGCAAUUUUCUUCGAAAGCAAACUGAAAUCCCUGUACAUAUUCUGAUUCAAGUAACGUGGAUUUUUUUUUCUGCAAUAGAUUAUUUCUGCUUUCAGGACAGAUGAAAGUUAAAACUUCCAAUUUUGUGGUAGAACUUGCCAGUAAUAGUUAACCAGAAUUGCUACCACUAUAAAUUGACGCGGCCAAGCGAAAAGUCGCAUUGUGGUGUAGCCAAUAUUCUUCGAUUUUUCUGACGUUUCAGCAAGAUGUGAAUAUUUACUUGACCAUCGGGUUAUGUUACACUGGAAUUUUUGACUCUUCUACAAAUAAGUUGUUUUGCAAAUGUACCAAGUCCUACAUUAUUGAUGAACACUAAGUUGUAAAAUUUCAGUGCCACAAGGGCAUGCAUCCAGUAAUUGUUAUAUGAAAAAGAACUGCAAGUAAAGACUCUUGAAAAUUGCUGAUAAUUCUUAUAUGUGACCACCUGAGUUUAAUAUGGAUUAUCAGUGGGUUAUUCACUGAUUCAUUUUGCCAUCACCAGAGGCUGAAGAACAAUAGAUGUUCUGAAAACCAUUAGAAAAAAUACAAGUAGUGGGGUGCCUUUUUUGUAUAGAAUACUGUGAACCUGUGACUGUAACCGGCAACCAUCAGUACCAUUGCAUCUUUGUGCAUUGUGUGCCUUAUAACAGUUGAAUCUUGUUAAACAGUUGUAUCCCAUGAUAAUGUAGUCUUCACGCUUUGCUUUAUUAGUGCCCAUUUUUCACAUUGACCAGUCCAAGGAUAAUGAAUUUGUGUAGUGUGUAAUUUUAUUGAUAAGUUUACUGAAGUGGAGUAAUUACUGUACAAUGACUGAGAAUGCUGUCUGACCAUAACAGAUGGUUCCAUUGGACAUUCUCCAUUGUUUAAAAGUUUGAACACUGUUCUUUAAUUUCCAGCAUUUGUCAAAAUUUUCUUGGGCUGUAUUGUAGUGACUGAUGGGUGCAGCAACAGUCCUUCAGCACAUGGCAUCAUAUUAUCUUUAGGCACGGAAUGUUUGGGGUGUUUUCAGUUUGCAGUAUUCUUAUUGUUUCAGCCUUCUGAAGGGCAUCAGCCCUAACACAAGUAGGGAAGAUGGGCCAUUACUGUACAAGACUUGAGCCUGAUUUUUAUGACACUUGAUCUGACUCUUGGAAUAAGAUUGAUCCAUUAUUUCAUUUUAUUUCUGGAAAUUAAAUGGCCAUCUACAUUUCCAGGAAAAAAGUACUUUACAAAGAAAGAGCAGCACCUCCAGCAUUUGUCUUGCACUAGCUUGGCAUUUGAUACUGUACAGUGAAAGGGGCACUAGAUAGUAACGGCUAAUUGCUGAAUAAUUUGGGGAAUGCAGGCUUAUGAAUUGUUAUUAAUGAAUAAUUUUAAGCAUCUUUAUGUUAACUAGAUUGCCAUUUAUUUUGUAAGCCAUGGGGCUUGGUGGUAGCGGGAAAAUUACCAGUGAGAAAAUUAUAAAUCUAAAGUAGUUAAAGUUGCAAUGUUUAUUUUGUGAGCUGAACAAAAAUCACUUUUGAAGACAAAAUGCCAAUGAAAAUUGACGUAUCCCAGUGUAGGGAAAUGGAAGUCAGAUUGUGAUGCGACAUUGCAACUUCUUUCAAAUGCUGGAAAAUUGAUUGAAAGGGAAUGAUACUUGGGGAAGAACCUUGUAGAUCAAAAGAAAUUUGAAAAAAUGAGAUUCUCCUGUAGUAUGAGGUAUGCACAAAUUGCACAGCUUUUUAGAAUUUUUUUCAAGCCUUAACUGAAGUUCUGAGCAUACAGUAUUGGGGUGCUGUUUGUAUAUAAAAUAUAAGUAAAUGUGCAUAGUUUAAUAUUGUUAGCAAAAGACUGUUUGUUUAUCAUUCUAAUCUUAGAAGUUAAUGAUGUAACUGGAGUAAUCAAAACCACUACAUUGAUGGCACUGGGCAGAUUUAGUCAUUGAAUUCAGCUUACCCUAAGUGUAAGAGACAAAGUCUUUUGUCAAAAGAACAUGGACGGAUUGUGAAUCCUUUUAGUUGUUUUUCAUUUGAUAAAAUGCUCAUGAAAGUAUUGACCGAUAUACUGACAUUGUAAACUGUGUUGUUUGAUUUUGGAACACUACACUGACUACAAAAAUGUUGAUUUAAUGGAAAAAAUAUCAAAUUUUGAAAUAGGUUUUGCAGGACAAAAUAUGGGCAGGGACUGUACACAGUACAGUCAGAGGGAAUUAAACCUUUUUUCCCCUGUACCAUCUCAAAUGUCUUGUUAACUUCACAUACUGCAUUAGUAUUGAGACAGUGGCCGAAGGCAUUUAUAAAGGAUGGCUUAGAAUGACUGGAUGGCAUUAAAUUACAUAAUAAAUGGCAAGGUUCAAGUAAGUGUGACAGCUUUUUGUUACUUUAUGUGAAAGCCACUGCCAGGAAAUUUGCAGCUAGCAACAGAAAAGAUCCAAAUGCUGUAGCCUCGCGAAUACUUUUCAUUGCCCAUUUGAGACUCUCUUAAUUUGUAAUGCUGCUAUUCUGUGGACAACUGACAUUUUGAAUAGCAUUAGCGUCACUCUCAUCAGUUUCUUUGUAAUUCUUUAAGGAUGAAAUGUUGUUUACAACAAAAGUCAUGAAAUGCUGAACUUUGAAAUGAAAAUUUCGUAUAAAUUUUAGGUUUUCUUCCAGAAUGUUACGAUUUAGAAUGCCUUAACCCAUUUUGUUGAUUUUUCUUAAAUAGUCUUGGGUAUAAAAUUACUAUCAAAUUGUAAAAUAGGCAGUUAACACUAGUGGAAGAAAUGAAUGUCGUAUACAGUUUGUAAGUAGCACACACUUUUUAGUGCAUCCCUUAUUGAAUAAGUACACCUUCUCCAGUCUCAGAUCUUGUCAUCAAAAACCUCCACUAUCACAAUCUUGGGAUUGGAUUAAUUAAAAUGGAUUUACUUGUUCCUUGUCCCAUGUUGAAUUGGUGCACUUAGCAAGCAGUAACCUGCCAGUGUUGCAUGCAUCACUACAGAUUAUAGGGGCAAAAUUUUAUCAUCUAGACUAAGAUAGUAACGAAGUACAGAUGAGUCAGACUUGGACUGCACCUGCAGAUGUAAUAGCAAUCUCUUUUUUUUAAACAAAAUGUCCUCUGUAAGCUAGCAAAGUCAAAGUAGCUUGAAAGGUAGGCUAAAUAUAUUUCUUCUCAUUGGUGUCAUUCAUUAAUUUCCUUUGGCCUGUCUAAUAUUGAUGCACUGUGCCUGCAGGGAUAUGUGAAAUUGGUCUCUUGUUCAGAUGAAUAACUGUGUGACCUUUAGAUAAGAUUAGAAUCAUGCAACAAAACUCCUUAUCUCACUAAGGAAAGCAGUGAUUUAAUAUACUCACUGAUUUCGGCUUACGAGGAUUUGCAGUAGCUCUGAAUCCAGGCAAACACCAGGAAGGUACAAAUUUCCACUAAAAAAAAGUUACAUUUCAUAAAAGAAGCAAUCUAACACCAAUAAUGUGAUUUGUAGGUUCAAGUAGUAACAAAUAAUAUACAUACCAUACAGAGUUUCCACUUCACAUUAGCUGAGCUGUUUCACUGUAUUACUGCCUUGGAAUUCUCUCCUAUAAUGCCACAACUGACAUUUUUUAUUGUUGGGGUGGGGUUGCAGGGCAUGUGAGGUGGGAUGUUGACUGGAAAGUUUGCAGAGAGAAAGACAGAUUCAAUUUUGUGUCUGUAUUCUGGGAAUGAAGAAUGUAUUAAGUAAGUUAUACCCUAAAAUACAAACUGAGUUUUUAAAAACUCAAUCUGUAAUCCUGGAAAAUGUAACCCCUUUUCUCAAUGCAGUAAUAGGCAAAUUGCUAUAAAAGGUAUUCAAACAAGGCCAGUGAUUACAGCAGAAUACAUCUGAAGGGAAUGUGUGCUGUUAAUGUUGAUCAUUCAUCUAUGUUUUACAAGACUGUUUUAUAAACAGUAUUACAUCUUAACAAUGGUAUGAAAAAGUAUAUACCAAUGGAUCAGGUUUCUAUAUAAUCUCUUUAAAGUUACAUCGAAGUAACAUACAGGAACAUCAAUGCAGGUGGUUAAUUCCUACUUGUAAUUUUGCAGCACAUGUUUCUGGGGCACUGGAACUCUACCAACAACAAUAUGAAAGUAUAAUUUUACAUUUACCAAAACAAGGUUGUGUAUAUUUUGAAAGAAAUCCAAUACCUUAAAGUGAGUUUGGUUACAGGCUAAUCUCUGGGUUCAGAUAUUUAUACACUGUAUUCCACACAGUUUUAGAAUGCCUUCUGAAGUGACCCUUCUGGGGUCCAGCUUUGUAACCCAUUCUCAUUUUAUAUAUUCCAUGACUAAUCCCCAGUGUGUGGUACAAAUUUUUUUUUCUUAAAUCCAAAUGUCUGAUAUCUCAAACAAUUGGUAUUAAGCAUGCACUUUUGGACAGUUGAGUGCUAAAAGUUAUAUUUAACAAGGACAGUCACUGACCUGCUUAUUGUUUAUGUUGUGCAAUGAAUGCUAAUUGUAACUAAUUCCAUUUAGAAAUGCACUCUAUUGUAGCUGGUAGUAGAAAUGUGGUGGUGGGCUUGUAAACUCAUCUAUUGUACAUUUGUAUUGAAAUAAAUAUAUUCAGUUGUGCAUAA